UUCGACUUCUUUUAAACUCGGAACUUCCUUUCACUUCUCUUCCCACCACCGGAAAAAAUCGCCAUGGACGGUCACAAAGACAACAAUCGCCACCGCGGCACCGCCACCGCCACCAUCCCCACCCCCACUACCAUCACCACCACCACCACCAACAACCGAUCAAUGUCCGACACCGACUCCCAAUUCGACGAGUUCCAUUCCUCCGCGAAUUCCCCUCUUCAAUUCGACGAAUUCCCCUCUUCUCCUUCUAAAGCCAUAGUCUCCGUCGACAAAUACUAUACUUCAUCCAGAUCUCCUACUUCCAACCACCAAAAGCCUCCUCAGACCUUUAGUCUCCCGCCGACUGCAAAAGCUCAGUCGCCUACGGUAGCCUAUAACCGAUCGGCGAGAGAGGAGUCGGUGACCGGUGUCACUAAAGUAAGCCCCGGCGGUGUGGAGGAGGGGACCGUUGGUGGUGGAGGAGAGAGAAGGCCGAGGACGGCGUCGCCGGGAUCGAGGAGGUCGAGAAGAGAAGUGAUGGUUGAUAGAGCUGCGUUAGGGUUUAGGAUCUUAGAAGUGAUAUUAAGCGUGGUUGCCUUCUCUGUAAUGGCGUCUGAUAAAACUCAAGGGUGGAGCGGUGACUCGUUUGAUCGAUACAAGGAGUACAGGUAUGUGGUAGCAGUGAAUGCUAUUGGUUUUGCAUAUGCAGCAUUUCAAGCAAUUGACAUGGCAUACCACUUGAUCUACGGAAAACACAUCAUCUCGUAUUCUCUUCGUCCUCACUUCGACUUCCUAAUGGAUCAGAUAUUGGCUUAUCUCUUGAUCUCGGCGUCAUCUUCGGCAGCCACGAGGGUCGAUGAUUGGGUAUCGAAUUGGGGAAAAGAUGCAUUCACAGAAAUGGCAACUGCAUCUAUAGGAAUGUCCUUCUUAGCCUUUGUUGCCUUUGCCCUUAGUUCUCUAAUAUCUGGUUACAAUCUUUGUAACCAGAAUUCCCUUUGAUUCUUCAUUUCUCUAAAUAUUUGAUCCAUAAUUGGUUUUUAAGUAACCAAUCAAAGGGGUUUUACACCAAUAUUUAAUUGUAAAGAUGCUGUACAGGCAACAAAGAGGGAAUGUCAUAAAUCCAUAUAAAAAAAAAUUAGGUUUCUUUUGUAACUUAUGAGGUUGUAAAAUUGGGUUAUUUAGGUGAGAAAUAAAACAACCAUUCCACUGUUAUUUGUAUCCAAAGAUUUUCUUU